AUGGAUAAAAAGAAGUCAAGUGCAAGUGCAUCAUCAAGUCAUAAUAAAACUAGUGAGAAAAAAGAAGAAAACUUUUUUACAAAAACUGCUCAUUCAAUACGAGAUAAAGUUCAUGAUUUAACUGAUGAAGUUAAAGAAAAAACGCAUAAUUUAACACAUAGUAAUGCAAAAAAAGAUAAAAAAGAUUCAAUUCCAAAAGCAAAAGAUGGAAAACCAAAUCAUGCGUCGAAACCUGCAGCAAGUGGUAAAAAAGGUUCAAGUUCAGAUUCAAGUGAUGAAGAUGGACCACCCAAAACUACAAAACGACCAUCACUUAGGUUGGAAAAACCAAAAGAUAAUGCUCGCGAUACUGGAAGAGGACCUAGCCCAGGAUCAAAACCACCACCAUCAACAACUAUAUCAGACAAUAAAAGUGCUGCAGCUCCUACAAGCUCAAAACGUCCAGCUGAUAAACCGUCUGAUGAUCAUAAAGAUUCUCAUGCUACUGCUCGGUCAUCUGAUGAUAAAUCAGCUGAAAAACCAUCCGUAGGUCCAUCAUCCACUAACAAAUCAAAUGAUCCUGCAAAAACUGAUGAUAAAUCAACUACAAAAAUAUCCGCAGGUCCAUCAACUACUAAUAAACCAAAUGAUUCUACAAAACCUGAUGAUAAGUCAACUAUAAAAACAUCUGCAGGUCCAUCAUCUAGUAAUAAAACUGAUGAUACAACAAAAAGAUCAUCUGCCGAAAAUGACAAUAACGAUCGAGUUCAUCUUUCAUUUGAUGGUGUGUCAACUGUUGAUGAUUUACUUGAUCGUAUAGAUGAAGCUAUUGAAGGUGCAAAAAUUAUUCUAGAGGGUGAUAAAAGCAAAACUAAUUUUAAUAUAGGAGGAAAAAUAGACAAACCACGUCCUACUCCUGCUGAUCUCGAGAGAAAACCUCUAAAAAAAUCUGAAGAUAAAAAUAAAGUGGCAACUAGUGAAAGCGAAGACGAAAACGAAGACGAACCAAUACGUAUCAAUUACAACGAUAUACAUAGAAUUGAAGAUCUUCUUCUCCUAAUUCAUAAACAACCAGGAAAUCGAAAUGUUGUACUUGAAAAUGCACCUGAUGAUUCGGUUCUUGUUCAGAAGAAUACUAAUCAAACUUCAACAGUUUCACCAUCAACUUCCAAAGAAAAUGAGAUUCCACCAAUACCAACAACUCCGAAUGAAGAUGAUGAUCCAUUAGCACCACAGAGAAGUAUUUUAAAAAGUAGUCAAGAUCCAUCAUCAUCAUCUACAUCGACUAAAACAGCAUCAUUUGACAAUGAUCAAAUUCAUGUAGAUAUUGAAGGUGUACAAAAUCUUGAUAAUCUUUUAGAACGUAUUGAUAAUGCUGUUGAAAAUGUUCCAGUUAUUAUCGAUACAAAACCUGAAGGAGAAAAACGACAAGCUCCUCAACCACCAAUUCAAACUGAUACUACUACUCAAGUGAUAACAAAAGUGACAAUACCAAGUCAAAAACGAGAAGCUCCAAAACCUCCUUCUUCAACUAAUAAUAAACCAUUAGAAACAAAACUGACAAUCGCAGAAGAAAAAGAUCAUAUUUCACAAUCUGAUACGAAAGAAAAAAAUGAUGCUAAAGUUGCAAGUAUUAAAGUUCCUGAACAUGAAUUUCAUGAUGAUGGUAAUCAUAAUAUCAAUAAACAAGCAUCAUCUCUAUCGACAAAUGAAGAAAACAAAAACAAUAGUGAUACAAAAGAUUGGUUAUAA